UUUUGUUGAUAAUUUUACAUAACCGCAACUUGCACACGAGAAUAUUUCCUUUCAUUUUUGAAUAAAAACCUUUGCAGUUUUACAAAAUGAUUGCUUCCCGUUUUGUGUUAAGACAGCUGGCCUGCAAUGCAACACGCCGCAUGUUCUCAGCUGAGGCUGCUGCCGCCGCCACCGAAGGUGCAAAGAAUCUUACACCACCACCUCCAGAAGGUGUCGCCAAGCCGGUUAAUCCAAAACUUGAAAGUAUUGCCAAUAGCAUAGCUGGACUUAACCUAUUGGAAGUAUCCGAACUCAGUGCAUUGUUGAAGAGUAAGUUGAACCUGCCCGAAACAUCAUUCAUGCCACAAAUGGCUAUGGGUCCAGCUAGGCCAGCUGCUGCAGCCGAGGAAGAAGAAGAAGCUGCCCCCAAAAAAGUACAAACUUCUUUCAAAGUGAAACUUGUCAAAUUCGAUGAGAAACAAAAGGUGGCACUAAUCAAGGAAGUUAAGAAUCUGUUGGAGGGCAUGAAUUUGGUACAGGCCAAGAAAUUCGUUGAAAGCGCCCCAACAGUUGUUAAAGACGAUAUUCCCAAAGACGAAGCUGAAAAACUUAAAGAAGCCCUAACAAAGGCUGGUGCUGUUAUUGAAAUUGAAUAAAUAAA